CGAUCGUAGUUUAUUUAGUUUUUAGUGUUAUUUGUUUAAUUAUUAUUAACAUAAACUCCUAAAGAGUGCUCCAACCAUAAUUUUAUCUAGUCUUAGUUGUAUGUACGGUAUUUUAGCUCGCAAUUCCAAAGCAAUGACCAUGUUAUUGUGCCAUAAAACUGUUGAUUGACGAUCCUUUGUUUGCAACUCGCCUAUUUCUGCGGCCGUGGACCAAUGAUUAAGUGUUUUGUGGACUAGAAUACCAUUAUUGCGCGCUGUUUUUGCUUAUACAGCUUCAGAAGCAGGUAUUUCGAGGUGAAAUCACGUUAAAUACGUCGACCAUAGAUUGUGGCUUGUUGUAAUAUUUCGUAACAGUCCGCCUUGUCUUUUCGACGAGAAACAUGGCUGUAUUGCUCAAUUUCGGCCGUGGAAGCUUCUCAAACAGCCUGAAACAGAGACUUGGUGGUAAACACAUAAGAUUCUAAUAAGAAUUAGAAGGAUGUCAGCUAUUGAUGCCAAGCAAGUGUGGCCCGACCUAUCAAGGGGUAACCUUGACGACAGAUAUGAGAAAUGUCGAAAUAUCACCGAGGAGAUAUACAAGAGGAUAAACAUAACAUUUCAAAUCAAAAAGCUGGAAACGGGGACUCAAAGUGAUGAUUCGGACCAAAGUGACCUGAUCGACAGCAACGAACUAAGCAACGAGACAGACCUGUUCGCCUGCGACAAGAGCAGCAUCUCCAGCAGCUCCGAGUUGGAGGCCGAGGCGCCGGCGAGGGCGGUCAACAUCAACAAUAACGAGGAGAAGAAGAAAGCGGCCGUGUCGCGGCGGCCAAGGAAACGAUUCCGCAAGCGAGUCAAGAAGCGUCCCGUAGCGGAGCCCGACUCAGACGCGUCCAGCGAUUCGGCCGCGCCGCUCAGCCGAAUGCUGUCCGAACGGGUCGUGCCUAACAUAGUGAUCAUCACUAAAGACGCUAAACCACGUAUAAAAACGCCCGAGCGGAAACCGUGGAACGCCAAAGACAAGACAGACAAGGAGACCAGAGACAAGGAACUCACAGACAAGGAGAAAACCGAGCUGAAGGCUUGCACCAUGUGCAGUCUGUGCUUUAGGGGAGAGAGGGGGCUAAGGCGGCACAUGAAUAUGACACACAUCACGCCCGUCGAAACCCGGAAGCGAGACAGAGACAGUCCUUAAGGUACCAACAUAAGGAAGGAGAGAGAUAGGAGAUAUAACAUGCCGGCCAUUCUUGACACAAACUUGUAUAUGGACGCUCCUAUGAGGAGGCACACUUGAGAAUAGAUGGCGCCACCUUUUUAGUCCAUCGCACCAUAGAGGAAUAAUUACCUAAGGAAAGAAUUGUAACUCCUGUAAAUUCAUUAGUAAAUUCUAGUUAUUUGUAGUGACAUCUAGCGUCAAACACUCGUCAAAUUGCGUAAAUUAUCAGUACCACUACUCGACACUAGGUGUCAACAGUGUCGAGUCUGU